GGUACUAUUGGGUCUAGCAGCUUGCCUCUCCCUUGUGCCAAUCCUCCUAAAGAAUCGCCUACGAGAGAAGUUUGACUAGGGCCUGCUACCUUCCUUGGGUCCAGUGUGGAGGUCAAAAAAGCACCAAAAACAAGCCAAGACAUCUGCCGAGAAGUCCGUUUCCUCCUUGUCUCCAUGUUCAUCAGAAAGGGGCAGUCGAAACAAAAGGGUCAGGAGGGCCUUUGUCCUCCUUUCGCGGAGACGGGUUGUCAGGCAGCCGGCUGUGGGAGAGGCCAGUCAACCUGGACCAGCUGUCCUGCAGCACCAUUCGGCUGCUGUGUCACCCGUACACUUGGCAGAGUACAGUGAAGAGCCCAGUGUGGAGAUGGUGAUCAUUGUCCACUCAGGGCACUGAAUUUGGUUUUUAUUUCUUUUAAUCUGUAGUUUAAUUUUAUUUGUAUUCAGAUAUAAAUUUGAAGUUAACGGGAGAUUGAAGUUUCUACCUACAGUAACUUCUUGAGAUUUUUAUUUUAAAGAGUAGUGAAGUUCACCUUUUUUUUUUUCUUCUUUCAUAGACUAGGAGAGAUUGGAGUCAAAUGUGAUGUGUAUAUCAAAGUUUCACCAUUUUCAUGAAUGGAUGAGAGCUGUGGUUAAUGAAUGUAACUCAUGUCUGGUUGUAUGUUAUCUGACAUCUCUCCCAUUAUAUCUGAAUGUUCAAUAAUGUAUGUGUAAUGUUUGUAUGGACAGUAAUGCCUGUCAGAGCAGUUAUGUACCUUCACUAGGAAAAAUAAUAAAUGUACACAAAUAUACCAUAAAGCUUAGCACUUCUCAAUAGACAUACCUGCAACCUCCCAUGCCCAUCCCUCAACAUCAAUAGACCCUUCUAUAAGUGAAUGUGUGCCAACUUAUUAUCCAGUAUUAAGAAACAAGUAAUACUGGAGUGUCACAUUCUAUAGUUGCAAUAAAUUUUCAGAUUUUCCUACCCUACAAACCAAAAGAUGUUUUAUAAACCAUCUCAAAAUUUGAACUCCCAAUUAAGGAGCUUUGUCAAAUAGUGAGGAACUUUUCAUUUAAGUACAUAUAUCAGUAGAGUGAAAAUACUUGAGGCAAAAUCCGUCCAUGUACUUGAUUAAGCUGAGCAACCAAGUUGUUGCUCUAUUUGUCACCUUGAAUAUAUGUGUUCAGAUGAUAUUCAUCAUCAACUCAAAAUAAAUCAAAAUCUUCCUGAAAA